AUGAUGGCCACCGACAAGGGUCAGCCCCUCCUUCAACUCCAGGAGGUGGACUCCAGUCGAGUGGGCUGUCGCGUGCUCUCCCCCAUCCUCAACACCUCCUCCCCGGGUCUGUCCCUCGAAACCAGUCAGCCCAUCUGUAUCCCCUCACCUUACACCGAGCUCAGCCAUGACUUUCCCACCAUCCCUUUCUACAGUCCGACUAUCUUAUACGCUGGGCCAGGACUUUCAGACUGUUCGCCUGUGCACCAGACCCUAAGGCCUUCCUUAUUCUGGCCCAGCCACGGCCACAUGGGUCCUUCUGGACCGCUGCACCCUUCCCAGGUACGUCCACAGCAGAGCCAGCCUGUCCAGAGUCAAUGGGUGGAGCUGUCACCAGGGGACAGUGAGUUGACUGUCAGUAAGCGCAGGCGUUCCCAGGAGAGCGAGGAAGUUGUGGUGUCGUCAGGUGGAAAAGCAGAUCUUCACUUCUGUGCUGUUUGCCAGGACUACGCCUCUGGCUAUCAUUAUGGCGUCUGGUCUUGUGAAGGGUGUAAGGCCUUCUUCAAAAGGAGCAUUCAAGGCCACAAUGACUACAUCUGCCCAGCAACUAAUCAGUGCACCAUAGACAAGAACCGCCGUAAGAGCUGUCAGGCAUGCCGUCUUCGCAAGUGCUAUGAAGCCGGCAUGACCAAAUGUGGUAUGCGCAAAGAACGUGGAAACUACCGGAACCAGCAGAGGAGGCGAGUGAGUGGUGUGUCCUCACACAACAAGACUCAAGCAGCAAAGGCGUCAACUGAACCAGCAGCAAUUCCUGAGCUCCAUCCUCCUGCUAUGACUCCAGAGCAGCUAAUAAAGCAAAUCAUGGAGGCGGAGCCACCUGAGAUUUACCUGAUGCAGGAUAUGAGGAGACCACUCACUGAAGCAAACGUCAUGAUGUCUCUGACUAACCUCGCUGAUCAGGAACUGGUUCACAUGAUCAGCUGGGCGAAGAAGAUCCCAGGGUUUGUGGAGCUCAGUAUUUUGGACCAAGUGCACCUGUUGGAGUGCUGCUGGCUGGAGGUGCUAAUGAUAGGGCUGAUGUGGAGGUCGGUCAACCACCCAGGGAAACUCAUCUUCUCACCUGACCUAAGUCUGAACAGAGAAGAGGGCAGCUGCGUCCAGGGCUUUGUGGAGAUCUUUGACAUGCUCGUAGCCGCCACAUCCAGGGUGCGAGAACUCAAGCUGCAGAGGGAGGAGUAUGUCUGCCUCAAGGCCAUGAUCCUCCUUAACUCCAACAUGUGCCUCGCCUCUUCUGAGGGCAGCGAUGAGGUGGAGAGUCGCUCCAAGCUGCUGCGUCUUCUUGACGCUGUCACCGAAGCUCUUGUGUGGGCCAUCGCCAAAACCGGUCUCCCGUUUCGACAGCAGUACACCCGCCUGGCUCAUCUUCUUAUGCUGCUCUCGCAUAUUCGCCAUGUCAGCAACAAGGGCAUGGACCAUCUCCACUGCAUGAAAAUGAAGAACAUGGUGCCUUUGUAUGACCUGCUGCUGGAAAUGUUGGAUGCUCACAUCAUGAACAGCUCUCGGCUGCCCGCCAAGGGUCCGCAACAGGAGGCCUACAAGCAGGAGGAGAGCUGCACCAAGCACGAGGGUUCCAGCAGCGCCUCCUCCAAUAGUUGCACUACCGAAAACGGAGGUGAUGCUCAGUAG